AUGGCGGAAGACGACAACGCGGAGACUUUGGAAGAACAAAACGCAAAGAAAGCUGCCAAGCACGAUUCGGUUGGUGUGGCCGAUUUAGAAAAAGUUACAGAUUACGUUGAGGAAGCAGAGAUUGGGGCCCAAAACAUUGGCGACGCUAUAAAAUUAGUGAAUGCCCGGGGAACAAAGGAUGCUACGGAGAAACAGUUGAAAGAAUCCGAGUUGUCUCGAGUGAAAAUAAACAAAGAGGAUGUCGAUUUAAUUAUGAACGAGUUAGAAGUCUCUAGAACUGUGGCAGAGAGGGCCUUACGAGAACACAAAGGAAACCUCUAUGAAACCUUAAUAACACUAACAGACUAA